AAGUGUCAUGUAUGUCAGGAGAAGGGGACUUCUGGGCCCAGCAGUUAACUACCUGAAAUAUGUAUUAAAAAAACCGUUACAUUUUUUUAAAUAAAAUCACAAAAUAUGGUACCAGGAUUCUACCCAGGAAGAGAGAAAACUUAAAUUAAGAUAAUAAGACUAAAUAAUCGAUUAAAUAAUGCCUGAAAUGCCUGAAUUACUAGUAAUCUACUGUAUUUUUAUUCCGGCAACACUUGUUGGUGGCAUGCGUCUGUCACUGACUGACAGAUGCACUCGUUUGUUUUCUUUCAUUCUGAGUGCGCACAUAUUUUCCUGGUUUUACUAUUUAAACCCACGACCUUGGCUUUUCGACGGAUCUUGCUACUCUGAAUUACCUGGCUCUCGAUUUUGGACAACUGUUACGCCUAUCGAUUGGAUAUCGACGACAUGGAUCGCUGUAUGAAUUGUACGAUUGCGCUUGGUCGCAGUAAUUCUAUUGGAAGAAAAGUCUUGGAGGAUGAGGCGAUUUUAACAGUUAUUCGUCAGUGGCGUGCAUCUCAGCCUGUAACCAGUGAGAACGUUGUAUGCCAAGCAUGUUGGGACUUGGCCCAAGAUGUGGUUCUUGGAAGACGUGCGAUUGAUGCACCAACCCAAGUUGGCCAUUCAAGCGUAUGUCUCCGCUGUGGUCGUUCACUCUUAGCCCGGCGGUUCAACCACCUUCUUCGUAAUGAUUCUGCUCGUGAAUCUGCGAUAUAUAAUGUGAUUAGAGAGUGGAUUCUACCACAAACGGUGGACGAGGCAAGUCGUAUAUGCCAUUCCUGUUGGAUAUUAGCAGACAGAGCUGCUGUUCAUAUGAGUACAGGUCCUUCGACUUCCUCACAAAGUAACCCACCGCCAGCCCAAUCAUCAGUUGGUGUUUCUGUUGGACAAUUGGAUGAAAAUCAUGACAACAUUCUACACGAACCUGAGAAUGUUUCCAUUCAACCAGAACAAAACCAAGGUAAUGAUGAUGUGCAUGAACCCUCAGUGGAACUACAUUCACCAAGUGCCCCAAUUGUGGAACCAGUACAACAGCACCCUGAACCAACAAUUGUAUUGCCAGAUUAUAUGCGGGCAGUUGAAACAGAGCGACGGUGCUUCAUAGAAGGUUGCCAGAGAACUGAACGAUAUAGAGUUCCUCUAGCAACGAGAAAAAUGUUGCUUAAUGAGCAUAAAUAUUAUGUACCACAAAAUAAUCGACUUUGUGAUAUACAUUUAGUAAUUGAGGCAUGGGACUUCCUUGAUAGUUUAAGGAGUAAUUAUUUACAAACAUUUACUGCAAGACAUAUCCAAGAUAUGUUUACACUAAAAGAAACCCCAAAAGAAAGGUUUUUGAAUUUUGAAAAUAUUGAUAAUAUGGACGACCAUGUUGUGCAUACCUGGAUCGGGUUUACUAAAGUUCAGUUCCGUCAAUUAUUUGAUGAGGUUCCACAAUUGAUAGAAAUUCGUAAUAGUUCUUCAGUUUUAGCAGCCUAUCUUAUCAAAUUAAGAAGUGGGGACUCAAAUGAAAGAUUAGCAACAUUAUUUAAAACAUCUAAGAAAACUUUAGCCAAGUGGCUGUGUCAAGCCCGUGACAUAUUAACUGAACAUUUUGUGCCUCGGCACUUAGGUUUAGAACACAUCACUAGAGAACAAAUAAAAGAAAGGAACUUAGCCAUUCCUAGUGCUUUAUUUGAAGGAGAUUCUAGGCCCAUCGCUAUAUUUGAUGGAACUUACUGUUAUAUUGAAAAAGCUCUAAUUAUUUAUAUCAAAAAACAUACAGUUUGCAUAAAUAUAGGAACUUAA